CUCCUCCCAGUUCACAUGUGACCUGACUGAGCUUGACGUCGACACCUUAUCUACAGAAUUUAAACCCAAGUGAUCUGUUUUUUGGAUUACUGCUGUUUAGAGUGACCCAAAUCCGUUUUGCUGACACCCACCAUAGUGCAGCUGAACUAAUCCAAGGCAAGAACUUAAAAGGAACAUAACCUGCAUGCGGGGGCUGCAUUGGUCUCCAGGCUCCGUCAGCAGGAAGCGCAGGAAUCGCUGCAGCCAUGAAUGGAACAGAGGGUCUCAACUUCUAUGUGCCCAUGACCAAUAAGAGUGGGCUGGUGCGCAGUCCCUUUGAGUACCCCCAGUACUACCUUGCCGAACCCUGGAAGUACUCCCUGCUGGCCGCCUACAUGAUCUUCCUCAUAAUCACCGCCUUUCCCAUCAACUUCCUCACUCUCUACGUUACCAUCCAGCACAAGAAGCUCCGCACCCCUCUGAACUACAUCCUACUCAACCUGGCGGUGGCCGGCCUCUUCAUGGUGGUGGGGGGUUUCACCACCACGCUCUACACCUCACUGCAUGGAUACUUUGUGCUUGGGGUCUUGGGCUGCAACCUGGAGGGUUUCUUUGCCACUAUGGGUGGGGAGAUUGGCCUGUGGUCCCUGGUGGUGUUAGCGGUGGAGCGCUACGUGGUGGUCUGCAAGCCUGUGAACACCUUCCGCUUCAGGGAGACUCAUGCUGUGGUGGGCGUGGCACUGACCUGGAUCAUGUCCCUCACCUGUGCUGUGCCGCCACUGCUGGGCUGGUCCAGGUACAUCCCAGAAGGCAUGCAGUGCUCCUGUGGGAUUGACUACUACACGCCAAAGCCCGAGAUCAACAACACGUCGUUCGUCAUCUACAUGUUUGUGCUGCACUUCACAAUCCCACUGAUGAUCAUUUUCUUCUGCUAUAGCCGCCUGCUGUGCACGGUCCGGGCGGCCGCGGCGCAGCAGCAGGAAUCUGAGACAACCCAGCGGGCAGAGAAGGAAGUGACCCGCAUGGUCGUUGUCAUGGUGAUAUCCUUCCUGGUGUGCUGGUUGCCAUACGCCAGCGUCGCCUUGUACAUCUUCGCCAAUCAGGGUACUGACUUCGGGCCUGUGUUCAUGACCGCCCCAGCCUUCUUUGCCAAGAGCGCCUCCUUCUACAACCCCGUCAUCUACAUCCUGCUUAACAGACAGUUCCGUAACUGCAUGAUCACCACCCUGUGCUGCGGGAAGAACCCGUUCGGCGAGGAUGAGAGCACCACUGCCUCCUCCAGGACACAGACCUCCUCGGUGUCCGCCGGCAAGGUGGCUCCAGCCUGACAGCGAAGUCGCGAGCCCAGACUGCCAACCCCACACCAGCUGGCCAAUUCUCCCUCCCUACUGCUGCUUUGCUAUUGCGGCUCACACACACACACACACACACACACACACACACACACACACACACAC